AUGACUGAAGUUGAAGGUGGAAGUAUGAGGUCAUAUCGGCGACGCAUAACAGCAUUCCCUUCCGAUGUUUCUUCAUUACGUGUCAGAAGAAAUUUAAUAAGGCAAAUAGAAUCCGAUGUUGAACGAGAUGAAGAUAAAAAUAGAACCCCAGCAGAAAUAAUACAAGAUGUUCUAACUUGUAUUAAAGAUCGUGGUGAAGAGCCUGCAACACGUGUUGAGAAAUUAAAUAGUUUGGUACGGUUAAUUAAAAAUCACGAAAGAUUAAAGUAUACAUAUCCGGCUGAACCUUUUUUAAGGGGUUUGAGAUUUUGUGUAUCAGAUUCAGUAAAGGAAGUCAGAAUUGCUGGAUAUCGAGCAUUGAGAUAUCUGAUUGCGGACAUUGAAACAUUAGAACAAAUCAUGAAUUUACAUUAUGAUAUAUUUAUGAUGAGAUCAUUGACGAAAGAUCCAAAAUUAUUCAAUGAUGAGAGAGAGCAAGUUUUGAAAAUUUUACGAACUUUUUCAGAUAUACCUAGUGGCAUUAAAUUUAUUUCUCUUGGCAUUAUGCGAUCACUUGUAUCAAUUGCCGAACAAUCUGAUGAGAAAUUAAGAAACAUUUGUUUAGAAACCUUGGCUGAAAUAAUGAUUCGUGAGCCAAAAAAGAUUACACAUUGCGGUGGGAUGAGAGUGCUUCUUCAGGCUUUAAUUGAUGGACCUACGGAACUUGCCGAAUAUUUAAUGAUGGCCUUUUUAUAUGUAAUUGAUACUCCGGAUUCUAGGGAAUGUAUUAGACCAGGGAUUGAUUUGGAGAUCGUGCUUUCUGGAUUCACGGAUGCCUGUAAUAAAGGCACUAAGUCUGACCAGCAUAUUAAAGCUAGUUCUAGAGCAAUAUCUGUACUAUUAAAGUCCUGGACAGGAAUUAUAUUUCUUUGUAGAGACAAUAAGCAAGCAAUAAAAUCUAUCGUAGAAUCACUCAGAAUAACUUCGGAUGAUACGAGGGAAAUCAUGCUUGAUAUGUUUUUCAACAUUUUCAGGAUAAAGACUCCGAAAUGGUAUCCUAGCUUCUUAUCUGGGAAAAGGAUAACUGUAUAUGGUAGUCCUGAACCAGAAGGUAAUAAUAACGGCGAACCACCACCUUUAUCUACAAGUGUUCAGGACAGAUUGAAUUUAUUGGAUCAUCAUUUGGUUAUCUUACUGGAUAUAUUUAUUGACUCGGGACUUCUUGAUGCACUCGUUGAAAUUAUUGAGGAUAAGAAUCAACAUGUUGCUCGCAGAGCUACACUUUUCAUUGGCGAAAUUCUACAAUUGUCUAAUCGAUUAUUAUCUGUUUCUCGUUCUAUGCGGAUUCAAUCUCUACCGAGACUUUUUAGUUUAGCUACCAAAUUUGACGAUGAGAUUGUACGGCAUAGUGCGACGGCUGCUCUCUCACAUAUAGAUAAUUUAAAUAGAACGCGAAAUCGAUUACAAGUUAACGGCGUAAAUGACGAAUCGUCUGUUGAUUUAUCUAAUACGCGAAGACGUAAUGCUCGACAGGUUGAAAACGUAAAGAUUAAAAUGGGUAUGCAAAUUGACGAUAGACACUUUACGAAUAUGCUUUUGGAAUCACAGGUUCUCAACACUAAAGACGGUACAAAAUGGAACUUUGAAACUGUGAUGGAAUUAUUACAGGGUCCGUUACUUAAUCCACGAAGAUUAGAAGAUGCGAUUAAAUCCAAAUUUGUAAAACGUCUCAUUGGAUUUUUUCGACCAAGUAGUCGAAGGUUCUCCGAAAUUGAAAGAAGCACUGAAAGCGAGCGUUAUGUACAAAUGGGAUGUACUCUUAUAUCUACACUAUUAGCAUGUGUUGAUGGUAUAAAAUAUUUGGAAGGUAACAAGUUCUUAAGACAAAUUGCGGACGGUCUAAACCAACUAGAUCCCAUUCAUGGAACUUUCGAAAUCGAGCCACUAUUUUCUAAAGAGCGAAUCAAUAACACACUUACAUCUGGCUAUUUCACCAUAUUAGGGAAUUUUAGCAAGAAUAAAGAUGGUGUUAGAUUAUUGGAAAGAUUCAAGAUUUUCAACACAUUUUAUCAUUUAAGUGAAUUGAAAAGCCGAGAAGAUUUAAUCAAAGCUAUUAUUACAAAUUUGGAUUAUAGUCUAGAUGGACACCCGCGUAUCCUUCUUUCAAAAGUGAUGACAUCUGGCUAUAAGCGUGUAAGGCUAUAUGCGACAAAGCACUUAGGUCAAGUUUUAAGGACUUCUUCGAAAAAAUUCAAUGAGUGGGGAAUACAGUUACUUAUAACUCAGUUAUAUGAUCCCGCUAUGGAAGUAUGUCAAAUGGCAGUUCGUGUCCUUGAAGAAACUUGCAAUCACAAAGAAAAUAUUGAAUUGCUAGUUAAACUUCGGCCAAGUCUAGAUCAUUUGGGGGAAGUCGGAAAUCCUUUAUUAUUGAGAUUUAUGUCUACUUCAAUAGGAUUUAAUUACCUGUCUGAAUUUGAUUAUGUUGAAAAAGAAAUGGAUGAAUGUCGAAAUCAAUAUUACGUUACUCAAUUGGAAGUUGCAUUGGUGACAGUAUUAAAGCUUGAUGGUGAUGACAACAACAUUGAUGAUGAUGAGAAAGAUGUCAAGAUGCAGUCAUUUGACGGGAUAUCCCCCCCUCAUUUUUAUGGUGAACUCGCAAAAACCAAAGAAGGUUGCAGAUUAUUAAGAGAAAAGGGACACUUUCAUGAAUUUGCAAAUUUUGUGAGGGCACACAGACUAGAAUCACGUGAUAAAUCUGUUAUAAUGAAGUUAAAGUCGGUUCUUUGGGCCGUGGGUAAUAUCGGAUCAUCAAGGAGUGGAUUACAAUUUUUAGAGGAAGAAAAUAUAGUAAAGGAUAUAGUGUAUAUUGCAGAAAAUUCUGCAGUCCUAUCCUUGAAAGGAACAUGUUACUUUGUUUUGGGUCUAAUAGCAAAAACGGCAUCAGGUGUUGAAAUUUUGGAGGAACUUAAUUGGGAAUGUGUAUAUGACACCUUCACAGGAAUAGGAACUGGUUUAUGUAUACCCACAAAUUCUGAGGCGUUUCUAUCUUUUCCUAGGUGGACAUAUGACGGUUUUGAAUCAUCUCCCGAUAUACCUUCAAAAUCUAUUGUACCAGACACGCAGGUUGAAAAAGAUUUAUUAAAAGCAAUGGCAAAUCUUACGAAUAAAAUAUUAUCAAGUGCUGGUUCACGAAUCAUUCAAAUGUUAUCAACAUAUCAUUAUCGUUUGCCUACACGUAGACUCAUUAGUGAAUUGUUUGAUGUGAAUUUCACAUUGGAAACGUUUGAAGAUCUUGAUAGGUUGCUAGGAACGCAACAAAAUGAAGUAAAUGGAAUAAUGAAUGGACGUUUGACAGGCGAUGAUGAUAAUGUAGAAGAUUCUCAACAUCAACAAAAAAUGGAAAAAUUCAAGAGGACACAUCGUGGUAGCGAUGUUGUAAUUGCUGUAAUGUCAGAAGACCGAAACGAUACAAACACCGAAGAAAUUGUACCAAAACAGGCAUUAUCACCUGUUAUGGUUAUAAGAGGUUUUAGGACUUGA